AUGUCAGGCUGGGGAUCUUGGCUCUCAUCAGAGAGCAACGAGGCAGGCGUUGCGAUUGGUCCUAACUUCAAGCCAAUAUCCGACACUCCGCAAGAUCAGCUUCUGGGGCCUCUCAGUCCGGAAGAUCUGCAAUGGACCUGUGCGGGAGGUUUCACUACCGAGACCCAGACCUGGUACUCGAUCCUAGAGGACGGAUCCUUUGCGGCCAGCCAGAUCAUUCAUUCGGCCGUCGGACUGUGGUACCCGCAGAUUCAGAUCACUUUCAAAUACUUCAACCCCAAGACCGGUCAGAAGAUCUGGAAGUCGGUCAAUGUCACGCACUUUUCCAAGACAUAUGACAAGCGCAGCUGCAAGGCGGACCAAUUCACCAUCCUUUUUGACACACUCCCCAACGGCGACGAAAAAUACACGAUCGACGCCAAUAUAGAGGCCGACCUGCAACUCUCCUGGUCCUUCACGCGUGUAGCUGGAAACCUAGGAUGGAAACUUGGCGCGGGUUCAGAGGGUGGGAAGAGCGUCUUUGGAAGCAACCCAACGGCCCCUGACGGCUAUGUCGUGCACCGGUUUUGGCCCAGGGUUGAAUCGUCUGGCAUCAUCAUCGCCGGCGGCAAGAUGAUCGAAGCUCAAGGUCAAGGAAUGUUCGUUCACGCCAUUCAGGGUAUGCGCCCGAACUUGGUCGCUAGCAAGUGGAACUUUGCAAACUUCCAGAGCAAGGAGCUCGGCGGUGUCGCUGCGAUCAUGAUGGAGUUCACCACGGCCAACGACUAUGGCGAUCCUGCGGAUCCGGGCAGUGCGGUUGCCAGGAAACCGCUGACUGUCAACGUUGGGUCUAUCAGUGUGGGAGGAAAACUGGUCACUGUCACCGCUAGCACACGCGGACGGGACCAUGCACCUGCGUCGAGCUCAACCUCGUACGUGGACCACCAAGACACAGAGCAAGAUGCAGACACGGGCUACAACGCACCGACCAAGAUUCAGUAUGGUUGGACGGGCCAUGCCUUGGACGCCAGCAACAAGCCUAGUGCGAACAAAGCGUCAGCCGAGAUCAAGCUUGAUCUGGGAAAGCCCUACCCUUCCACCGAGACAAAGGGACUGGUCGACAAAGUCGAUGUACUCGCAGAGAUUCCUUAUGUGGUCCGCAAGAUGGUUAACUACGUGGCAGGCACCAAGCCUUAUAUUUAUCAGACACUCAACUCUGCCAAGAUCUCGCUUGACUUGCCAGCAGGCUCGCCAUCGGCUGGAAGUCACACUCUCGAGGGAACUCUGUUUGAGGAGCAUACGUUCAUCAAUGUGUGAAGUGUAAUUUUCUCUUCGUUAAGGAACCUUCGAUCUAUUAUUGCAGGUGUCUCCCAUAACCAAUCCUAGGGGACGCGGCUGGCAUAUUUGCACACGUAACCAUCCUGCCGGCAACACCUGUUCGCCUUUUACAGACUCAUGAGAUGUAUCAGCUGGUUGCACUUUUGAAUGA